AUGGCUACACCGGCCGCUUUACCCCCGCUGCCCUUCAAUCCGGGCCGGGUUCGAUCUUACCUCGUGCGGUUGCCGCUGUUCACCCGACUUGUUCUUCUGGUGAUACUUGCAUUCUGGUUGCUAGAGCUACAGACCAUCUGGAGCGUGGUAGAAUGGGGUGCCUUGAUCCCCAACGAAAUCAACCUUGGCACUAUGUACCGACUUAACACCUACCCCAUCAUUCAUACCGGUUUCUUCCACGCAUUUUUGAAUGCCCUGGCGUUGACGCCUCUCUUGGAACGGUUCGAGGCGGAACACGGCACACUUACCUCGAUUGCCUUGUUUGUUGGACCGCUCUCUACUUUGCCGGCUGGGUUGUACAUUUUGAUCGAAAAGGUGAUUUUGCACAGGAACACCCAGGUUGUUGGGUCGAGUGUUUGGGUCUUUCUCCUUUUGGGCUGCGAGGCGAUCCGGACCUUCAAGUCUAACCCCUACUUCAGUCUGGGCCCGUACAAGAUCCCCACUUGGACUUCGCCUCUCCUUGCCUGUGCUGUCCUUUCUAUCCUGGUUUCAAACGUCAGCUUCCUUGGCCAUCUCUGUGCCAUACUUAUUGGUUAUCUCUUCGGACUCGGUUAUCUCAAGGUUCUUGUGCCCCCCGAGAAGGUCCUUCGGUGGAUUGAGGGAAAGCUCAACCUCCUUGGAAGACUCCCGCAUUACGUGUCUGUCGACCAAAAGACCUACGGCCGGUAUGGUGUUUUGCCUUCAAGCAGCGCCGCUGGCAGUAGCGGAAACCAGGUUCCCAUGAGCUUCUUGGGGACCAACCAGCGCCUCGGCGCAUGA